AUGUCCGGAACCUUUCACACCCCUAACGGGGAAAAAGGAUCUAACAACAGGGAAGCAACCCUGGAUCUAGAAUUUUUGGAUGCAGGAACCCCCAAGAAGGACAAUGAGGAAGGAGCCGAAGAGGGAAAAGUAGAGAAGAUGGUCAAGGAAUACCUCAAGACAAUCGAGGCCAAAAUCGCCAAAAUUCCUGGAAUGCCGAAACCCAUGGAAGAAGAGGCAGCAGAUGGCUAUAUAGAAUCUCCAUUCUCAGAAGAGAUCGCCAUGGUAGAGGUGCCAAAGAGGUUUAACACGCCCAAUAUGACCAUGUAUGAUGGAACAACGGACCCUGAUGAGCAUGUAUCCCUUUACAAGCAGAAGAUGAUGACAAGCUCAAUCCCUAGAGACAUCAGAGAGGCUAUCAUGUGCAAAGGCUUUGGAGCCACGCUAUCAGGUCCAGCUCUAACUUGGUUCAUUAAUUUAGAUAAUGGGACAAUUCGAUCUUUUGCAGGAAUGGUGAACCUAUUCAAGGUCCAGUUCAACAGGGAAAAGAUUGGAAUACAUAAGUGUGAUGCUCCCACAACAAUCGAAGCAUUCAGAAGAGGAUUGCUAGACCAUAGGGAGCUCUACAAGGAGUUGACCAAAUAUCCCUGUACAACCUUUGAAGAUGUGCAAGCCAAAGCUAUGGCUCAAGUCAGAUUUGAGGAAGAUGCGUAUGCAAGAAAGACUCCCGAGCCAGAUCGCCAGUCAAGAAGGAACAACAAUUUUCCUAGAAGGGAUCCUCGAUUCAAGCCGUAUCAGCGUUCCCGCUUUGAUGAAGGAUCAGUCAAUGCUGUCGAAGAAGGAUUUUCUGAUUGGAGGGUAGACCCUAAACUCCCACCUAAGUUACAUGAGUAUUGCUUCAAUGUUAACCCUGCAGGAGUAAUUAGGACCCUAAAUAAGAUGGGAGAUACUGUGCAAUGGCCCAGGAAGAGUGACAGGCCUGGAGAGAAGAAAGAUUCGUCCAGAUGGUAUAGAUCUAAAGCUUCAGGGAAGGAAAGAGAAUCUAAGCAAGGAGGUCCUCCACCUCCGCCUCCAAUUGUAAAAACCAUCUGUUUCAUAUCAGGAGGAUCGGAAGUAUGUGGUUUAACAUACUCAGCAGCAAAGUGGCAUGCAAAGGAGAGUAACAAGGAUCAACCUGACAAGAGGGAGAAGUCCAAGAUAGACAUUCCCAUCAUGUUUGAAGAAAGCGAUGUAGUAGAAGGCCAUCAUGACGGCCUAGUGAUUUCACUCCCAGUUGGAAACUGCAUGAUCAAGCGAAUCCUAGUUGACAAUGGAAGCUCUGCAAACAUCAUCAUGCUUGACACUCUGAAACAUAUGAACAUAGACGAAAAGAACAUUGUCAACCAGUCAACAAUGUUAGUGGGAUUCAGUGGGGAAACCAAGAAGACAAGUGGAGAGAUUCCAUUGGCCACGUACGCAAAAGGAAUCAACCUACAGGUCAAGUUCCUAGUGAUUGGCACUCUAUCUUCGUACAAUAUGAUAUUAGGCAGACCCUGGAUACAUGAGAUGAAGGCCAUCCCCUCUACAUACCAUCAAGUCAUUAAGUUUCCUACUAGGUGGGGUAUUCAAGAAAUCAGAGGAAAUCCUAAGGAAGCCAAGGAAUGUUACAAGAUCGCACUAAAAGCAACAUCUGCAGAAAAGAGUUCAGCAUAG